GCCUUUUCGCUUACGGGCGUGGCGUUUUAUCUAGUUCGGACCAACCCGCUCCCGCCAUUCACAGGGCGAUUUUUGCAGCGGCGAAGAAGAAUCACAGCAACCUAGUAUAGAAGGAUUGCAUUCUUAUGGUAUUGAUGAUUAUAAAAGGCUUAUUCCGGAGAUACGAAAGAUGGAAUCCCGUACAUCCAACUCUCGGGGCAUUUUGGGGGAUGGGAAUAGGCAUGGGCUGUGGUGUUGGAUGGGGUCCUGGUUUUGGACCUGAAGUAGUUGGUUAUGUUGGUGCUGGAUGUGGUCUCGGAUUUUGUGUGGGAUUCACUGCUGCAGGUCUUGGCAUUGGUCUUCCAGCAAAUGCGCUUUAUCAUGUUGCUUACAAUGUUGCCCUGGCCACAAGAAGUGGAGCAGUGGAAUUAGUCCAAUCCAACAGUCUUCGAUCCACAACUUUUUCUGUUUCUAAUGGAUGGAAUGACUUUACACAGCAUAUAUUUGGGCUACAAAGAGAAGCAAGUAGACGAUUAACAAACAUCAAGCUGGAGUGCUUGGACAAAAAGAUUAAUUUACCUGAUAAGACGAUCUUACCAGCCAUUCCUACUAAGUCUAUUUGUGAAACUGUAGGAACAUUAGGUCAUCGGCUUUCUCACAUUCACAAAGGUUCAAAAGGUUAACAUCUUGAGCACUGAGCUAUUGCUAUACUGAUUUGCUGUACAUAGCUGCUUCAGUUACCUAAAGUGAGAGUGAGUAAAUAUUCAGCAUUUUAUUUUUACCCGUUAUGCUCCUCUUCUUUCUUGGCUUCUGCUGGUAACUGUUUAGGCAUAUUUCUUUGUACUCUCUUUUGCUCUUAAUAAAGUAUUUUAGGGUCUUCUUUCAGUCA